AGUUGGUAGAAGUGAUAUUGUGAAAGCGCAGACGUACUUGUCAUUUUAAGCUUCCGCUGCUACUACAAUCUUCCUUGGCAGACAAAAGUAUUCGGCUUCAGUUCCUCGUAGGACAAGUGCUGUAUUGGUAGCAAAUUUUUUUUAGUGAGUAGAUUUGUGUGUGAAGUGAUUUUUUUUAUUAGAUAACUAACAUGAGCUGGCAGGAUUACGUAGACAAACAGCUCUUGGCUUCAAAAUGCGUUACGAAAGCCGCAAUCGCUGGACACGACGGUAAUGUUUGGGCCAAAUCGGAUAAUUUCGAAGUUACUAAAGAAGAACUAGCGAAAUUAGUUCAAGGUUUCGAAAAACAAGACAUUCUCACAUCCUCAGGUGUAACUUUAGCCGGUAACAGAUACAUAUACCUUUCCGGUACAGACCGUGUCAUUAGGGCGAAAUUGGGAAAAGUCGGUGUACAUUGCAUGAAAACGACACAAGCCGUUGUAGUAUCCCUUUACGAAGAUCCAAUUCAACCCCAACAAGCAGCGUCGGUGGUAGAAAAGCUAGGUGAAUACUUAAUUACCUGCGGUUUCUAGAUAUAGUGCGUGCCGCUGUAAGCAGCCAUGCCGCGCGGCGAAAAUUUAUUAAUUAUUAAAUUUGUAUUUUUUUCAAAACAACAGCGAACCGGCAAUGCGUAUACCGAGCGCAUCAUCAUAAAUACACGAAAAAAAAAAAAAAAAAUAAAUAAAAAUAAAAAAUCAUCAAAAUCGGGAAAUUUUUCCUAUUUUAUAUAAACAUAAAUAGUAUAAAUAUUAUAUAUUAUUAUCGGUUUUUCGUUUAUAGUCGCGUCUAUCGGAAUUAUAGGUUACGCUACGAGGGGCGUAAAAAAUAAAUUUAAAACUGGUAAAAAGUUUUAUGUAUUGUACGUACCUCGUAGCAUAACUUUUUAACGAUUGCCGAUCGUAAUUUUCGACUGUGGUCUCAAUUUUCAUUGUUUUUUUUUUUAAGUUUUUUCUUUCUCUUUGAAAGAGUUUCGAAAAAUUUGGAAAACGUUUUCGAAACACUUUUUUUAUUUUUUUUUUUUUUAAAUAUGAAGCAUUUCUUUUUGUUAGCUUUUUCUCGUACCAUUGCUAUAAAUAUCUAGAAACAUUUGAUACUGAAGAACUUACAGUUUAGGAUUUUUUAAUAAAAAAAAUCUCUAGUCCUGCCGUU